CUAGCGGCUGCCCGAUGUGGCCUGUGUUGGUGGCUGCGGAGGGUCAGCUUUCCCAAAGUUGGCUUAGCCUCCGCAGCCAAGGGACCUGCAUCAUGCUCUCGCUCAACCCACGCCGCACGGCAUUCGCCAGAUCAGACGUAGCAUGGCUUGUCUCUAGCGCGAUUUCCAACGCUCGCAUGGAUCAAGAGGUAAAUUGCGCCGAGUGAUCAAUCCAGACUGGGCCAUGACGGCGACCGCGCCCCUCCGCCACGAGAUACUACAUUCCAUUAUAUAGCGCUGGCCCGCGCCAGCUCCCGUCGCUGCCAUGUUGGCUCCGACGCUGCUCGUCUACCUCCAGCACCUCUUUUCUCUCUGUGUCCGCUCCUAUUUACAAGUCUCUCAAGACGACGUCACGUUAGCAACCAUGAGACACAACGAGCUCUGGGCUUCCCUGGCUGCUGUCGCCUGCGUCUUCCAGCCCGUCUUCUCGGUGCCACUGGAGAACUGUGCUCGCGACGCAGACACUUGCCAGGCCUCGGACCGCACCUACAGCAAUGAAGUCCCUCGCGCCGGUAGCUACCAGCCCUGGUCGCUCAUCAAGCUCGGCUCCAUUGGCUUCCCAGCAAAGCAAUAUGUCACUAUUGUCAACCUUACCCCUCACCGCUUUGUCCUCGACCGCAGCCGCACGCACUCGUAUCAGUUUGACGUGUUUGACUGGGACGAUAUCCCCCAGGGAAGAUCAAGGCAAAACACGGCCGCCUAUACCAGCAAGGCGGGUAAGAAUGAUGUUGAUGACAAUGGCGAGGCCUUCUACAACAUCCAGGGCACCAACAAGGGCUUCAUGAUCCGCAAGACCACCCACAUCCCCGACGACUACCCACGCCGCACCGUCUUCGACCUUGGAGGCAUGGGCCUUGGCGCUAGAGAAUACCUCGACCCCGGAAAAGAGUCUGCAGUCACUCUUGUCAUCACCGGCAGCGACACAUACGGUUUCACCGCGUCUCUCCGUCACGGCCCGGGUAACUGGAUGAAGGGCUUGUACGACGUGAUCAAAGAUCGCAAGGUACAGCACCUGUAUCUUCCCGGAACCCACGAUUCCGGCAUGAGCACCAUCAGUGGCGAUCUGACCUCCAUUGGCACGGCUGUCAACACGCAGACCCAGGGUGUCAACCUCUACGACCAGAUGCGCGCCGGUGCUCGUCUGUUUGAUCUUCGCGUCUUUUUUUUUUUUUUCUUUGACCACCUUGAUCUACACAAGUUUUACACCCUUCACGUAAACGAUGAGACUGCCGAAGUUGCUGUUGGCAACACUGGCCUCAGUCUUGACCAAGCUAUCGACCAGGUGAACCAAUUCACACGCGAGAAUCCCGGAGAGAUUGUCUUCUUCCGCGUCCGCUACCUCAUCGGCAUCCGUCAGCUCCCAGUUGGUGGCCCCGUUAUCUGGGACAAUGCCAUUACCAACGAAUUUUUUGGCAAGCUUCGCCAGAUCAACAACCGCUGCCCGAACCUCGACCAGAACACCCAGUUUAGCCAGCAAAAGGCUUCGUACUUUAUGGACCAGAAUGGCGGCAAGGGCUGCGUGUUGUUCCUCCUGAACGGCUCCAACCUGCCCAGCAACGUGCCCCACGACUCCCCCGGCGAUGGUCUCUACAAGGACUCCAUGAUGAACGUCUGGGACAACUGGUCCAACCUCCCCGACACGAAGAAGAUGGCCGAUGACCAGGUCGCCAAGUGGAAGACUGUCUCGCGCAGCGGCAACUUCCAGAACGACCAGUUCCUCAUCAGCCAAUGGCUUGUCUCUGCCGAUGCAUUGACCACGACUGCUCUCUCUAUCCAAGAUAUUGCUAUUCAACCCACCAACCCGGCACUCUACUGGAUGGGCCUCAACAACAUGAGCCCCGAGAUCUUCCCUACUGUUUCGCUCAUCGACUACAUUGGCGUCGUCGUCAACAGCCGCUUCAGCUUCGACCAGCUGAGCGCCGAGAUGUACACAUUCGCCAUUGGCAUGAACUUGUACAUGAUUAGUGAGAACUGCGCCAUCAACACGCGCCGCUCGCCCCUGCUGCCCGGCGCCCGCAAGGCAGCUCAGAAGCUGGCUGUUUCUGAAGACGGCUCGGUAUCCGACUUUGCGGAAGAUGCAGUGGUCAACCCUCUGGCCUCCGACUGGAACGGCUUCAUCUACAGCAACGGUACCGUCGUCGAUCAGGCCCCCGAGGAGCGACCUGGCCAGGAGCACACCCUCAAGGCGGGCACCGUCUUUAUGAACGGCACCGUUUUGACACACGAGGCUGCCAACCCCAACGUAUAAUGCAUAAUGACUUGAAUGUUGAUGUUUUGGAUAUAUUUGUAAAUAUUAGUGGAGCAAAGUACAAAAUACAUUUUUAUUCUUUCCAUA